AGAGAUAUUGCUAUAGAAUUUGGAGCCAACCCUGAAACUGCCGAUAAGGAAACAAGAGAAUUUGUUCGAUUUUGAAGCUGAUAUCGCUAAAAUCACAAUGACACAAGAGGAAACACGGGACACCGAUGCUACCUACAAUAAGAUGACCUUGAAAGAAAUGAAGACUCAGUUCCCCGAACCAACAAAAAACGAAACUAUUCAAUUUAACUGGUUGAAGUUCGCACAACUUGUAUUCGGACUUGAAGGUGUUGGAAUUAAAAUAAAUGAUACCGAACCAGUUCUUAUUAGAUCAAUGAAAUAUUAUAAAAAUAUAUUGCCUCUCCUGCAGAAGUAUUCUAAACGGACGAUUGCUAAUUAUCUUGUAUGGAGGAUAAUGCAGAACAGAGCAAGAAAUUUGCCUAAGAAAUUUCUAGACAUUAUAGGAGAAUACAAUAAGGUUCUUUAUGGAAUACAUACUCGAUCAGCAAACUGGAAGAGGUGUAUGGGAUAUACGAUUCUUCAACUAGGUGGUCCUGUUGGAAAAUUAUACGUACAGGAAGCAUUUGAUGAAGGAGCAAAGAAAACAGCCCUAGAUAUGAUUGAUGACCUGCGUGGUGCUUUUAUUGAAAUCCUACUGGAAGAGGAAUGGAUGGAUGACACUACAAGACAAGCGGCUCGAGAAAAGGCUGAAGCAAUGGGUGAAUGGAUUGGCUAUGCAGGUGAUAUACUGAACGACACUGCGCUUAAUGACAUAUAUGAUGACGUCAAGGUGAACCGUGAUGAGUAUUUCCAGAAUGUGCUCGGAAAUUUACAAAGAUGGGGCAUAGGCGGUAUAUCUGGUUUAAGGACCGUUUAUGAUAAAUCUGGAUGGUCAGAUCCCCCGACAACAGUUAAUGCACAGUACAGUUUUCUUCUUAAUAAUAUACGUAAGAUGUUUAUAUCACUUUUUUUCAAACUAUGAAAAUGAAGUCUCCAAUUUUAUCGUUUUAAGA